UUGGGGGGCAGGGACUACAAGAAACACGAGGACAGAGAGACAUCGACUUGGAGAGAGAGACACAAACACAGAUACGUGGAGAGACAGAGACAAACACAGAGACGUGGAGAGACACAACACGGGGUGAUGGAUUCACACUUCGAAUUGCCGUUCGUCAAGCAGGAAAAGCAAGAGCAUCCAAACCCAGGAGUGGCUCCUGACUUGACGGUGGAUCGUGAAAUUGCUUACGCUGGAGUAGUCGUGAAGCAAGAGGAUGAAAGGAGCCCGGGCGCUGAGACACUGAGGAUGGAGGUGAAAACCGAAGCGGAGGAAGACGCUCCAGAUGUGAAGUUUGUUAAAGUCGAAGGAGCUGGCGAGAGCCAGCCGGAGGAGACGGGCGAUUGCUGUAGACUUGCGGAUGCUUCGGACCAGAACUUCAUCGAGGUGGAGUUAUCGGUGGAGGACACGAGUGAAGCGGACGAAGUGAUGGCGACGACAGAACUGCUGUGCGAGGAGUGCGGCAAGGGCAGAGGCCGCAGAACAACGACGGACAAAGCGCAACACAGCGACGAUGCCGAUGACAGGAACGACGACGACGACGACAAGAUCGCGCGAGCCUGUGCGCGUUGCGGGAAGGCGCUCGAAGGCGCCGCGACCGCCGCCGCCACCACCGAUCGGAGGAAGCCACACGCUUGCCAGGAGUGCGGCAAGGAGUUCGCGACGCUCUCGAAUUUGAGCACGCACGCGCGGACCCACACGGGCAUGUGGCCGCACGCCUGCGCCGACUGCGGCAAGGGCUUCGCGCACCUCUCCAACCUGGAGAAGCACGCCAAGGCGCACGCGGGCGGGAGGCCGCACGCUUGCGCCGAGUGCGGCCGGGCGUUCGCCCACCGCUACAACCUCGAGCUGCACUCCGCGUCGCACGCGGCGGAGAGGAGGAGGCCGCACGCGUGUCCUGAGUGCGGCCGGGCGUUCGCUCGCCCCUCCGAAUUGGAGGCGCACGCGAAGAGGCACGCAGCCGAGAGGCCGUACGCGUGCGAGGAGUGCGGCAAGGGGUUCGCGCAGAGCUACCACCUGGAGGAGCACCGCGCGUCGCACACGGGCGAGAAGCCGCACGCGUGCCUGGUGUGCGGCCGGGGAUUCGUGCGGCGCUACCACCUGGACGAGCACGCGAGGACGCACACGGGCGAGUGGCCGCACGCGUGCGACCAGUGCGGCCGCGGUUUCGCCCACCGCUCUGGCCUGGAGAGGCACGUGAAGGCGCACGCGAGGGCGAGGGCGGGCGUGUGGCCGCACGCCUGCGGGGAGUGCGGGAAGGGGUUCGCGCAGCUGUCCGGCCUGGAGAGGCACGCGCGGACGCACACGGGCGAGAGGCCGCACGUGUGCGAGGAGUGCGGCGCGGGCUUCACGCAGCGCUCCAGCUUGAAGGCGCACUACGGGACGCACACGGGCGAGAAGGCCGCACGCGUGCCGGGAGUGCGGAAAGGCGUUCAGCAGGAUGUCGGCUUUGAAUAGGCAUUCGGCGACGCACUCGAGGAUGAAAACUUUGCUCUAGAGCAGGGUGGUCCUUCACCUUUACUGCAAGCCUUGCGCCCCUUUGGUUCUCAAUCGUAAAAAAUGUACAAUGCUAAUAAAUACAUAGGGUUUGAUUAAACAAAUUAGUUGUGCUUA